UCGACCUUCACGCACAUUCGAUGCGACGUUCACGUAAUGAUAAUGAGUUCGAAUUCUAUGUUGUUCAAUUCCUGGAAUUACCUUUUGAAGGUAUUGAUGAUUACGUCUGCGUACCAAACACCUGGAUAAUAUUACGUAGAACGGGGAACGAUAGGGCUGUAGUUGCCUACCCCAAAGAGAAAAAUCCUGCCCUUAUAAAAGAGCGCGUUAAGAGAAAAGAGAGAUACUGUGAUACUUGGAGAUUUUAUAUGGCUGCCAUCAAAUAUCAGUCAAACACAUACGAAAUUGCAGAACAAUGGAUAGCGACAGGAAGUAAUCAACGACUUUUCAUAGAAAAAAAUGCAGAUAAUUUAGUAGGAAGAGAAACAAGAAGAAUUCCUGAUAUGCAACCAGCAUCUUCGUCGAAUACGAAUUCCCGAACGAUGCUACGGAAACCUCUACCAAGGAUAUCAAUCAAGCGACCAGGACCACCGGAACUGUACAAACAACUUGAUACGAAACAUUUAAAACUGAAUAAAGAUGAUCAGUCAUCUGACGCAUCUGUUACUGACGCUUAUACGGAAUCAGAACAACCGACCGGUAUUCAAGACAACCAAUCAAGGAAACUCGCUCAGAUACGAACAGCUGCUGUUGCUUUCAACAUUAAGUCGAUAACUAAACAAAGUAUUCAAACUCAGCGUACUGCGCAAAACAAAGAGCCACUAAUACCUAUAAUAGACCUUGACGGACCUACAGAGGUUAUCGAAAUUGAAAACUCACGAAGUAUUGAAUCAUCCAAUCAAAAUAAUAGCGCUAGUCACUGUCAUCUUUCUAGCAAAACAGCGGAUGCAUCAAUGUUAGUUGCAAAACCUUCAACUUCAUCCGAGCGGACCUCUCAACCGAAUCAGUGUAACAAUCAAGAACCUACUUUAGAGAAGAGAAGUUUGUUAUCGAACUUCAAUCCAAAGUUAGAGAAUGUCCAAUCUCUAGCCCAUACUAGUGACGUCUCAAAUAACACACAAACUACCACUCAUACGGUAGUAAAAUUACUCGCAAUGCCUGUAAUGAUGCAGACACCUAAUAAGAAAGUACGUUUUAGCAAUAUUAAAAGAAAAAUUGAAAAAGCGCCACAGCAUCCGUCGAAUUUGACGGAACAAACCGGAUCUUCAUCAGUGCGAUCAUUACGAUCAUCUGAGAAUUGCACAGUUGUCAAGAUCACAACCGCCACUCCAGACAUGGGGCAUUUACUGAAAAUAAAUGUGGAAAGUGCAAAUAAUUCUCCAUUGGAAUCACAAAACCUUCUAAGCUCAACAUGCAUUCCAAAAAUUCGAGCCGACGUUGCCAAUGAACUUCACAACUCAAGAACAAUGUCUACUCUUCAAGGGCUCCCAAAUAAACUGCAGCCAUCUGUUGUACCGAAUUUGCUGAAAUCAAUUCGACAAACGUUAUCAGCUGCGAGCAAACAAAACCAUAGAAAUGAACAGCAACCGCAAACAAUACUGAAUGAACAACCUACUGAGCAAAGCAAGGGAUUGUUAACUUCGAUCCAGCAAAAUAUCGCAAGCGAUAAACAUUCAGAAGCCACAGACCUUACGCUUCAAAAAGACGAGUGCACGGUAGAAAUUUUGGCACAUUAUGCUGAAACUUCGGAUUCCGAUUCACUUUCAGAUGAAGGUCACGAGGCUACAGAUAGAGUACCUAUGGAGACAACAAAAGACAGCACUUGUGUUUCAUUUGCAAGUAGAUCUGCAGACAGUCCAACAGCUCCUCAAAACACUACUUCAAUUAACCCUACUACUCAUGUCAGAUUUAAAUUAGAGCAGCAAAUGUUAGAUAACUUUGCAAUUCUCUUCACUGAAAUGGGCUCUGUUUUGCGUAAUACUACUGAUAUGUACAACAACUUACGCAGUUCCAUCCUCGAGACUGCUCAAACAUAUAAAAACUUACUGAGUGCAGUUGAACUAUUUAACUCAAUACAAAAUUCAACCGGCAAUGAAACUUUUCCGAUUAACUUGAGACCAGAAGUCCGAAAGUCUCCUGAAGAAAUACUAACUGAAGCAACAGCAAGCACAAGUUCGAGUAGUCAAGAUCAACAUACUAACGACGAUGCUAACAAACCACCGGAAAAGUCGUGGCGUUUUGUUCUACCACCAGAAUAUGAUCGUCAUGACACAAGAUGGACAUUGAGGUAUAGAAGAAAUCUACCAGGACUUGUAGAACUUAUGCCACAAAGUGGUGUUUUUAUUAGUUACGGAGACCUCAAAUACUGCCAGCAUGUAUCAAAAGACUGCACAUCAUUAGCUCGACGAUUAUUAUCAGCAGUAUUCAGCAGAAAGGCACUGAGUGUUUGUUCGACACUGACUGAAAAAGCGCAGGCUCCUGUUGGAACUGAUGCAAGGCCAGAAUUAGAUGACCAUGCGUGUGAGGUACUGCUAAAUUUCGUUUUAGACUACGGACUCCAACAGGGUUGGAAUAUUGACCUGGGUCCUAUUGCUAGUUCUAUAGACAAAAGGAUUCUUAAGAUUCGGAUCCAUCACGAUAUCGUGGUUGAACGCUAA